AUGGAUUUGGACGGAGCCGAAUCUCCGUGGGGCGAUGAGCCCUCGCGCUCGACCUCGUCCACUCGCAAUGGUUCCCCAGAAGCCACCGCCCCUAGCCACAAGGCGCAAGACUCUCUAGCUCCAACACAAUCGCCUGCUCGACGUGGGCCCAGAACGCCGCGCAAAGUCAGCGCCCAAGUCACCAAGCUUGAGGCCGUCGAUGACACCACAGAUCCUUUAGGUCCUCUUGGGGAGAGCUCUUUCGUGGAGGAAGCACCGGCGCCUCCGUUGAAGGAGCCGAUCGGUGUGCGGAACGCGCGGCCAUCUUCGUCGUUAUCGCAUGCUUCGAGCGGUGCAGGCUUAAAUGACGCUGCCAACCCAGAUGACGAGCAAUCACGUCAAAAAAACCCCCCUCCAGUCCAACCGCCUAGCGUCGAAGCCCCGAAGAGACAGACACAACCCAGUAUAAGCGUAGAACAAGCCGCCAAACCAACAUUCACAAUCACAGUUGGCGACCCGCAUAAAGUUGGUGAUUUGACAAGCAGCCAUAUUGUGUAUCAAGUCCGAACGAAGACUACCUCCAAAGCAUAUCGCCAGUCUGAGUUUGAAGUUAGCCGUCGAUACAAGGAUUUUCUCUGGAUCUACAAUCAACUACAUACUAACAACCCAGGGGUUGUUGUUCCUCCCCCACCGGAGAAACAAGCUGUCGGUCGUUUCGAUACCAACUUCGUGGAAUCGCGAAGAGCAGCGUUGGAACGUAUGGUCAAUAAGAUAUCAGCACAUCCUAUCCUUCAACAUGACGCCGAUUUGAAGAUCUUCCUAGAAAGCGAGAGUUUCGGACUCGAUGUCAAGAACAAGGAGAAUCGUGAGCCUGACCUAGGCCAAAGUAAAGGCAUGUUUAGUUCUUUCGGUAUAUCUGUUGGCGGAGGCGGAAAAUUCAUAGAGCACGAUGAUUGGUUCCAUGAUCGGAAGAUAUAUCUCGACGCUUUAGAAAACCAACUUAAAGCGCUGAUGAAAUCCAUCGAUACCGUGGUAGCUCAAAGAAAAGGUCUUGCGGAGGCAGCUGGUGAUUUUUCCUCCUCUCUUCAUGCACUGGCUGCUGUUGAAUUGUCACCAGCUCUCUCAAGUCCUUUGGAGGGAUUGUCAGAGCUUCAGCUUCGGAUACGUGAACUCUACGAACGACAAGCACAGCAGGAUAUCUUGACUCUAGGAAUCACUAUCGAUGAAUAUAUCCGACUAAUUGGCAGUAUCAAGACCUCUUUUUCACAGCGGCAAAAGUCUUUCCACAGUUGGCAUGCUGCAGAAGCGGAGUUGCAAAAGAGACGAAACACUCAAGAAAAGCUUCUUCGCCAAGGAAAAUCUCAGCAAGAUCGCCUCAAUCAAAUUAAUGCGGAUGUUGCUGAUGCAGAGCGGAAAGUCCAUCAAACGCGAUUACUAUUCGAGGACAUGGGCCGGCUAAUGAGGAAUGAAUUGGAGAGAUUCGAGAGGGAAAAGGUGGAAGACUUCAAGUCUGGAGUGGAGACCUUCCUAGAAGGAGCAGUAGAGGCUCAAAAAGAGUUGAUCGAAUUGUGGGAAAGUUUUCUAUUACAGCUCGAUGCUGGGGAAGAAGGCAACCCCUACUACGCUCCACCUCCCCCGCUAGCACAGCAAAGUAGCGAACACACAAGCUCUUCUGAAAACCCACCGAGGAGUCCUGAAGAAGAGAGAGCAGCAGCCGUUGCCGCAGCCGUUGCCGCAGAGGAGGAACAGUAA